CGAGGUUGAAGCAGUAUAAGAAUUACGAGAACCUCUCUCGUUCUCGCGAAGAUCUUGAGAAGGAAUGCAAGCAAGUGGAUAAGGGGAGCAACUUUUAUGAUUUCCAAUUCAACACGAGGCUUGUGAAAUCAACAAUUGUUCAUUUCCAGGUAGAGAUCUUGUUCGCGGCUACUCCCCCAUGCUUUUCUUUCAUUCAAAUAUUCUUAAUCUACAGUUGUUUUUCUUUCUAAGGUCAAGACAAACUUUUUUUUUUUUUGGUGAAUUUAUCUCCUAUUUUAGACGCAUUAUUUGCCUUUAAACGCUCUGUUUUUUUUUUCCCCCCCUUCUGUACUUCUAGUUUUUGGUCAUUUCCUCAGCAAGGCAGCUUCCCCGUGAUUUAGGAUCCUGUUUCUAGAAUUUUAGAUAUCAUAGUACUACUACUACCUACUACUACUGCUACUAGUUUGGUGAACUUUGAUGCGAAUAGACUUAUCAUUGUUUAUAUUUAAGGAUCAAAAGUCACACUUGUCAUCUCUGAUCAUUGUUGUUCAGGGUAUCUUGGUGGCAGGAUAAUUUUCCAUCUUAUUUUGAUUAAUGCUUCAUGGAAAUUUUGACAUUUACAUUUUGCUCCAUGCCUUAAACAUCAUUAUUGUUAUUGAGAAGGUAUGAAUUUAUAGUUGUAUUCAUUAGAAUCUUGUAGAUGUUAAUUCAAUAAUAUUGAUCAUUACUAGUCAUUUCAUUAGAAUCUUGUAGAUGCUAAUUCAUUAGUAUUGAUUACUGCUCACCUAUGUAACUCAAACUUGGCAACUUCAGAUAUGGACCGAGUCUGUUAUGCUAAAAUCGGCCUUGCACGGACUAUGUUCGCAACUCCUAGUGCAAAUAAAUAACAGAUAAAACUGGAACAGUUAGUUCAUAUAUUUUGUUUUUGUUUCAUCAUUCACUUACAUUUAAUGGUAAUCUCUGGACUUGGGUGUAUGUUCAGUUCUUAUUGAGCUUGACAGUUCCUUUGUUAAAAACCUUAUUAAAUUUCUGAAGAGGCAAUGAUGACUGCCCAGUUGUUUGCUGGGAGUUGAAUCCCCAGUAUCCAUCAUGAUGAUGACCUAUUAAAUGCAGUACCAUUGUCAUGUUUCCAUCGUGAAUUUUAUAAAAUUGAAAGAUAACUUUCAAAGGUAAAUACUUAUGAAUAUAUCUGCGAUAACUUAGUGACCAAGAGAUGUAAGAUGCCCAGAUAUGGUCUGUCUGAAUAAUUUUGAUUUAAUCAAUUGCAUCUCUUCAUGGCAGGGUGGAUUAGUUUUCAUUCCAUAAUAUUCUUGUUUCAUGUGUAUGCAUAUGAUUUUGUGGUUAAUUUUGCCUUUCCCUCCUCUAUGAUGCAUAUGCUUUUGUGAUUAACAUUAAUGUUCAAUAUUGCUUUUAACCCUCCUCUAUACCGUUUAGGAGGAAUUUUGUUAUCUUUAUUUCAGCAUUAAAAGCAGUGUGGGCGUACUCUCUGAGCAGCUGGCGGGAUAAGGCGACCCUGUCCAUAUGCUAAGAAACCUAUUGUGGGCAACAUCAAAACAUGAUGUAUACCUGAUGCAAAACUACUCCGUCAUGCAUUGGUCACCCCUGCUCAGGAGGGGCAAGGAAAUACUCAAUGUAGCUGGACCAAUUGUGCCCACCCUGAAAUCUCCUGGAUCUUUGGCUCAAUCCCUGUCAAGAGUGCAAAUCAGCACCAUGGCUGUUAAAGACAACCUAAUGGUUGCAGGUGGUUUCCAGGGGGAGCUUAUCUGUAAGUUUCUUAAUCGUCCUGGAGUUGUCUUUUGCACAAAAAUUACCAAUGACGAGAAUGCAAUCACCAAUGCAGUGGAUAUCUACAGCAGUUCCAAUGGCUCAACUAGAGUCAUGACUGCUAACAAUGAUGCACAAGUGCGAGUAUUUGACACAGAGACUUUUGCUUGCCUGAAUCAUCUCUCUUUCGAGUGGUCCGUAAAUAACACUUCUGUUAGUCCAGAUGGUAAGUUGCUUGCUGUUCUAGGGGACAGUGCAGAUUGUCUAAUUGCGGAUGCUCAAUCUGGGAAAGUGGUUGGAAAUCUCAAAGGACAUUUGGACUAUUCAUUUUCAUCAGCAUGGCACCCGGAUGGCCAGAUUCUGGCAACUGGGAACCAGGAUACAACGUGCAGGCUCUGGGACAUAAGGAAAUUGUCGGAGUCCCUGGACGUCCUAAAGGGACAGAUGGGUGCAAUCAGGGCCGUCAAGUUCACCUCUGAUGGCCGAUUCAUGGCAGUGGCAGAACCAGCCGACUUUGUUCACAUCUAUGAUACCCAUUCUGGGUAUAGAAAGGCACAGGAAGUUGAUCUGUUUGGGGAGAUAGCUGGGAUAUCAUUUAGCCCAGAUACAGAGGCUCUCUUUGUUGGGGUAGCUGAUCGCACUUACGGCAGCUUACUAGAGUUCAAUCGGAGGCAUUGUAACCAGUACCUGGACUCCAUCAUUUGAUGGGGUGCCUGAGUUGCUGCAGCAAGUCCCUGUAAAAGAGGCAACCACUCCAAAUGGAGGGGGUGGACAUGCAUAUAUAUAACUGCAGAGGCUGAAGAGUUGGGAAGCCUUGUGCGGAUGUUGACACUUAGCCUUAUCUUUGUGGAUGUUGGUGCCCUGGGAUAAUUGCUUACGGUGGUCUUGUUUCUCCUUUGUAUUCUCCAGAUGGGGAAUUGAAACCUGCCCUUGUUCUGGCGGCCCCUGUUCUCAUUGAAGUUAGAAGGAUUUGGAGGUUACGGUGGCUUUUUGUUUGGGGUGGUGGUAGGAAAUUUUUUUUUUUGGGGUGGGUUUUUUGUUUUGUUUUUUUGUGUAUAUGUGGGAAGCUUCCUGUUGUUUUUCCAGUCAGUUGAAUCAAUUAACUCACCCAUCUCGGUGCAGGUUUUUUGCCUUGUAAUUCUAGUUUAUAUCAAUUGAUGAAAUUUCCUUAUCCUUUCUCGAUUCA